AUGAACAAUAAUCCGACUGUUAAAGAGUUAAUUAUUUAUCCUGUUAAAUCAUGUGCUGGUAUUAAAGUUCAAGAAGCUUUAUCAACUCGUUAUGGUUUAUCUUUGCCUUCUAAUCCAUGCUUAUCAGACAGACGUUGGAUGGUGGUGAAAAAUGGACGACAAUUAACUCAACGUCAACAACCAAAAAUGGCCCUUAUUCAACCAUCAUUUGUCAGUGAUGGUUUGAUACUUAAAGCACCGGGCAUAAAAGAUUUGAAAAUAUCAAUGAAUCCACCGCCAAAAGAAAUAAUUGAAUGCAUAUGUUGGGAUGCCAAAAUAAAUGGAAAAAAAUAUGACAUUGAUGUUUCAAAUUGGCUAUCAACUUUUCUUGAAACACCUGACUUAGAUUUAGUUUAUUUUGAUGAUCAAUUUGAAGGAAGAAUAUGCAAAGAUAUUAUUGAUCCGCCAAAUUCAGCGCGCGACUAUGAUGUUGCCUCGUAUCAUGAUGAAAGCCCAUUUCAUUUAGACACAAUGGAAUCAUUCAAUGAUUUAAAUCAGCGAUUAAAAACACCAAUUACAAUAUAUAAUUUUAGACCAAAUAUUAUUGUUCAAAAUGUUCAGGCUCCAUAUGCUGAAGAUUACUGGAGACAAAUUCAAAUCGGUGGGGCAAUAAUGACUUGGGUUACUCAGUGUCGUAGAUGUCUAUUACCAACUGUCAAUCAACAAACGGGUAUAACUGAUCCAGAGCAAGAACCGUGGAAGACGUUGAGAAGUUAUCGUUUGAAACCUGAAGUGUAUGGAGUCAAAGCAAUGUUUGGUUUAAAUUUAGCUCCCGAUAUUCAUGGUAUACUUCACGUGGGUGAUGAAGUAAAAAUUUUAAAAGUAGACAACAAUUUUUAA